GGACAUCGCUCGGCGCCGUCUCGGAGCCGGCCGGCCCCAGGGCAGCCAGCGGCCGCUUCUGGGCUGCCGUCCUGGGAGCAGCAGCGGGGCUCUUCCUCCUCGGGUUCCUCAUCGGCUGGUUUGCAAAACCUAUAGAAAAGAAGACAUCUCUGAGUACUCAUGAGGACAUGAAGACAGCAUUUAUGGCUGAAAUGAAAGCUGAAAACAUCAAGCAAUUUCUUCACAAUUUUACACAGCUUCCUCACCUAGCAGGAACAAAGGAGAAUAUGCAUCUGGCACAGCAAGUCCAAGCUGAGUGGAAGACGUUUGGUUUGGAUUCUGUUCAGUUAGUUCAUUAUGAUGUCUUACUCUCUUACCCUGAUGACACUAAGCCCAACUACAUCUCAAUAAUUGAUGAGCAUGGAAACGAGAUUUUCAACACAUCAUUAUCUGAGCCUCCUCCUCCAGGAUAUGAAGCUGUUAGAGAUGUGGUGCCACCCUACAGUGCGUUUUCAGCCCAAGGAAUACCUGAGGGUGAAUUAGUGUACGUGAAUUAUGGCCGCACCGAGGACUUCUUUGAGUUAGAACGUGUAAUGGGAAUUAACUGUACAGGAAAGAUUGUUAUUGCCAGAUAUGGGAAGAUCUUCAGAGGAAAUAAGGUGAAGAAUGCUGAAUUGGCAGGUGCCGUGGGAAUUAUUCUGUACUCUGACCCGGCUGACUACUGUGCCCCAGGAGUAGACCCCUAUCCAAAUGGCUGGAAUCUUCCAGGUGGAGGAGCCCAGCGUGGCAAUGUAUUAAACCUGAAUGGGGCAGGGGAUCCUCUGACACCAGGUUAUCCUGCAAAAGAAUACACCUACCGAUUAGACAAAAUCAGUGGUGUAGGUCUCCCAAAAAUUCCGGUUCAUCCUAUUGGCUAUCACGAUGCAGAGUCAUUACUGCGUAAUAUGGGAGGACAUGCACCACCUGAUAGUAGCUGGAAAGGAAAUUUGAAUGUGUCUUACAAUGUUGGUCCUGGUUUCACAACAAGUUAUUCUACAAGAAAGGUGAAAAUGCACAUUCAUAACAACAACGAAAUAAGAAGGAUUUACAAUGUGAUUGGUACUAUCAGAGGCACAGUGGAACCAGACAGAUAUGUCAUCCUGGGAGGCCACCGCGACUCAUGGGUAUUCGGUGGCAUUGAUCCUCAGAGUGGGGCAGCUGUGGUUCAUGAGAUUGUGAGGAGCUUUGGAAAACUGAAAAAGGAAGGAUGGAGACCAAGGAGAACAGUGAUAUUUGCAAGCUGGGAUGCAGAGGAAUUUGGCUUGUUAGGAUCAACAGAGUGGGCUGAGGAAAAUGCCAAAGUAUUGCAAGCACGAGGAGUGGCUUAUAUCAAUGCAGAUUCUUCAGUUGAAGGAAACUACACACUGCGAGUGGAUUGCACACCACUGAUGUACAGUCUGGUGUACAGUCUGACUAAAGAGAUACCAAGUCCUGAUGAGGGUUUUGAAGGAAAAUCUCUUUAUGAGAGCUGGUAUAAAAAAAAUCCAUCAAGAGAAUAUAAAGAGGUCCCUAGAAUAAAUAAACUGGGUUCUGGCAAUGACUUUGAAGUCUUUUUUCAACGUCUUGGCAUUGCUUCAGGCAGAGCACGUUACAGUAAAAAUUGGAACAUAGAAAAAUACAGCAGCUAUCCAGUUUACCACAGUGUCUAUGAAACCUAUGAAAUUGUGGAGCAGUUCUAUGAUCCCACUUUCAAAAAUCAUCUGACAGUAGCUCAGGUACGGGGAGGGCUGGUGUUUGAAUUGGCCAACUCUGUUGUGCUUCCUUUUGACUGCAGAGAUUAUGCGUCAGCUGUGAGCAACUAUGCUCACAUCAUCUAUAAUUUGUCAAGGAAUCAUGAAGAUGAACUGGCAACAUACAACGUAUCCUUUGAUGCUCUCUUUUCAGCUGUGAAGAAUUUUACAGAAGCUGCUGCUAGCUUUCAUGAGAGACUGCAACAAAUAGAUAUCAAUAACCUACUUGCUGUCAGAUCACUAAAUGAUCAGCUCAUGUUUCUGGAAAGGGCUUUUAUCGAUCCUCUUGGAUUACCUGGAAGGCCGUUUUAUAGACAUGUUAUCUUUGCUCCAAGCAGCCAUAACAAGUAUGCAGGAGAAUCUUUCCCAGGAAUCUAUGAUGCCAUGUUUGAUAUCGAAAACAAAGCUGAUCAGCAUGAAGCCUGGGAAGAAGUGAAGAGGCAAAUUUCCAUUGCAGCCUUCACUGUACAGGCAGCAGCAGAAACACUGAAAGAAGUAGCUUAAAUAUCAACAACAUAAUCAUCAGUGAAGACAAAAUACAGAAUUUUGCAAGAAGUUUUAAAAAUGGAUCAUUGAAAAACACUAGGAGGAUUAUUACAAAGAAUACAAAAUAAAAAAAAAAUCUUGUUCUUUGCAAAUAAUAUACCCAAGUGGAAUGCAUUUAGCAGUGUUAACAAGGUAACGUACUCCAUUCCGAGAGCUCAGGAUUUAGAUAUCUUCUGAAGUGAGGGUGAAAAAGUUUCAGGUUUUCUCUGAGCUUUGUAUUUUAAGAAUUGCUAAUCACUGGAUUUAUUUUCAGAGCUUUGAAUUUUGCUAGCUCGAUUAUUAUAGCAGUCUUCAUAGUGCCUCAGGAAAACAGAAUUAAUUUCAUGUUUCUAUCAGUUGAUAAUUUUGUUGUUGACUUUUUAUUAUUUACCUUGGGAUUGUAUCAUUCUACUCCAAGACAGACAUUUCAGCCCUCCUUUUACACAAAGACUCAUGUAUGAAAAUGGGAAAACUGUGACAUACCAUUUGCGGGAUGUAUAAUGAUCAUAACAAGUUUUGGGCAGCCAGCCCAGAAUACUCAUCCAUGACAUUCUUCUUCUCACAUGCUGAACCUUGAAGCUGUUUGCAAAUAAAUUUAAGCAAGAAGCUUUCUAGUCACUGGAGUAAAAACAAGGCAGACAUAUAGUCAUCUUACAAAAUGUCUUUUGAGAAGAUGACCUUCUUUUAUCCAAAAUCUACCCUUGAUAUGCCUUGUCCAUAUAAAGUUGUUUUUAAUAUGAAGACAAUUAGAAGCAAAAAAAAAAUUCAUCAUGUCCUUAGUUUGAAAGGAUACAAAAUUAUUGCCAUUUUGUAAAGUCUCUAUUUCUGAUUUUGGUGUGCUGCUUACUCUUAUGAUGGACUGCUUGAAAGAUCACAAUGAGGCAACUGAGAUCAGACAGAGAAGACUCAGAAAAUCAGAUCCCUUCAUCCAACAUUCUGCCCUGGAGGAUUAUUAACCUCUUACACAGCUAAUAUUUUGUGUGAUAAAAACAUUCUACUCCCUAAAUAAUUUCUUGCUGUCAGUCUUCUAUGGAGUCUAGAUUUAGCCACUGGAGUUCUAUUCGUCAGAGGCUAUUCAAGGCAAAAAUGGCUGGUGUCAUAACUGGACAGCAAAUGCCAAAGCCUAUGUAGCUAAUUACUGAAGCUACCUGAUUUUUAGUCAGCUAUGCAAACCAUAUGUCAAAAUAUAUGCAUGGAUGCAUAUGCAGCUGUCCUUUUCCUAUAUAUGUCACUAGGAUUAUGACUUCUAAGCAGAAAGCAUAAAAUGAAAGAGUAGUUGCAUAUGCACUGAGAAAUGUAAUUUCACAUAACUCAGUUACUAGGAUAAUACAAAGAAGUAAGGGUCAUAUUUCGCAUUUAUGAACAAAAUCAGACCAACUGACAUUUGUCGACAAAUAGAGACAUCUAGUUCCUGCCAGACAAGUGGAGAACAAUGGUUAAAUAAAUAAUAUGCAUUCAAAGCAGACAAGUGGAGAAUAAUGGUUAAAUAAUAAGUAAUAUGCGUUAAAAGCAGUGUCAAUAAAUUCUUGCAAACAUUUUAGCUGCACUGAGAAAUAUGUACAGUCCAUUGAUUCUUAGAGUUCAAAAAAAAAGUCUGAACUAGCCAUAUGAGCAUGGAAGUAUAUGCUUUGAAGGAGUCUAGUAAGGACAGGCCAGAUACAGGAAUAGCUCCUUUUUAAGCCAAUGUAUUUUUUGUUAGAUCUGCCAAGAUAUCUCGGGAGCAUAGCUGUUACCUAACUCGAGCCCUGAAUGUGAGAUCAAUUAAAUUAAAGAAUCUGGAAGAA